AUGUCUGUCGACAGCGUCAAAACCGACUCCGACGCUCACAUGGAGAAAGUCACGCCCAACACACCCGCCGUUGAUCUAGAAGCCAUCGGCGAACGCGAGGGCUACAUCCUAGACACGACACUCGCCCAGAACCAAGACUUAAAAACAACAGCAGACGGGAAAACAAUCCUCAUCCCACAGCCCAGCGACUCACCCAAUGACCCUCUUAAUUGGAGCCCGUUCCGCAAACACUUGAUUCUGAUUAUCAUUUCUUGCACGGCUUUCUUGCCUGAUUAUGGGAGUGCGACGGGUGCUGUUACCCUCGUGCCGCAGGGGAAAGAGUGGAACAUGGACCCCAACGUCGUGAAUCACUCACAAGUCGGCAACGUUUUCAUGCUCGGAGCAGCUGGUCCCAUCAUCGUCGCUCUUUCGGCUUAUUUCGGCCGGUUUCCGAUUCUUUUUUGGUGGGCUUUACUUGCUCUUGCGACGGCUGUUUGGUGUGCUGCUGCACAGAGCUUCGAGUCGUUCAUGGCCGCACGCAUCCUCAACGGCUUUUUCUCAACCGUCGCGCAGGGAGGCGGCCUAAUGUUCAUAAAAGACAUGUUCUUCUUCCACGAACACGCGCGCAAAAUAAACAUCUGGUCCGGCUUCAUAAUCCUAUCACCCUACAUGGGCCCUCUCCUCGCCUCAUUCAUAGUAAACACGCAAAUCUGGCAAUGGGCCUUCGGCCUCUACGCAAUCGAAACAGGCCUCUGUCUGGCAGCAAUAACCCUCUUCGUCGACGAAACGUACUACGACCGCAAAACCGUGCAGCCGGAAUUAGUCCCGAAUGGACCGCGCUGGCAGCGCAUGCUGGGCAUCCAGCAGGUGCGCUCGGGGUAUAUCCAGAACAGCUUUUCCGAGGCGGUCAUGCGGCCUGUGACAAUUAUCCUUAAGCCUGUUGUCUUUGUCACGGCGUUUGCGUAUCUGCUUAUGUUUGCUUGGGUCGUUGGUAUCAACACUACGCUGAGUAUCUUCCUAGCGCCUGUUUAUGGGUUUGAUGCAAAGGCGAUCGGCUUCUUCUACUUCACGCCCGUCGUAGCCGCUAUUCUCGGCGAAGUGGCCGGCCACUGGCUGCAUGAUUUUAUAGCAAAGACAUACACAACCCGAAACGGGGGCCGCUUUGAGCCCGAGGCCCGGUUUUACGCUGUAUGGUUCUCGAUGCCAUUUCUUGUUUCGGGACUGGUGUUGAUGGGGUUUGCGCUGGAGCGCGAGUAUCACUAUAUGCUUGCUGCGCUGGGGUGGGGGCUGUACGUAUUCGGGAUCAUGGUCGUGACUGUUGCGAUCAAUUCGUAUGUUUUGGACAGUUAUCCCGAGGCGAGUGGGGAGGUUGCUGCUUGGGUGAAUUUUGGGAGGACUUGUGGGGGGGUUUAUUGUUAG